AUGUCAAGAAACUUGUCCCUCCUCCUGCAGAGGCCCACUGUCCAAUUCAACAACACCUCCAAGCUAUCAAACUCCUCCUUCCCACCUUAUCCCCCUGACUGGGAGGCUCCGACGUUUACGGUGGCCGCUCGGUUCCGCGUCGUGGCGACUCUGGUUCUGUUCGUCUUCGCCGCCCUCAGCAACCUCUCCGUCCUGCUCAGCGUGACCCGGGGUCGAGGUCGGCGUCUGGCCGCCCACCUGCGACCUCUCAUCGCCAGCCUCGCCUCGGCCGACCUGGUCAUGACCUUCGUGGUCAUGCCUUUGGACGCGAUAUGGAACGUGACGGUGCAGUGGUACGCAGGGGACGCCAUGUGCAAGCUCCUGUGCUUCCUGAAACUCUUCGCCAUGCACUCAGCUGCCUUCAUCCUGGUGGUAGUCAGCUUAGACCGACACCACGCCAUCCUACAUCCACUGGAUGCCCUGGACGCUGGCCGCAGAAACAAGCGCAUGCUGCUAACGGCCUGGACCCUCAGUUUGCUUUUGGCUUCUCCGCAGCUGUUCAUCUUCCGGGCAAUCAAGGCAGAGGGAGUAGACUUCGUCCAGUGUGUUACACACGGCAGCUUCCAGCAGCAUUGGCAAGAGACGGCCUACAACAUGUUUCACUUUGUCACACUCUACGUUUUUCCUCUGCUGGUCAUGAGCUUCUGUUACACCAGGAUCCUCAUUGAAAUCAACCGUCAAAUGCACAAGACAAAAGGAAAGGGUACAGAGCCUUGCCUUAGGCGCAGUGGGACAGAUAUGAUCCCCAAGGCGCGCAUGAAGACGCUGAAGAUGACCAUCAUCAUCGUGGCCUCCUUUGUGGUCUGCUGGACUCCGUACUACCUGCUGGGCAUCUGGUACUGGUUCCAUCCACGCAUGUUACAGAUAACCCCUGAGUACGUCCAUCACGCCCUCUUUGUCUUUGGAAACCUCAACACAUGCUGCGAUCCAGUUAUCUACGGUCUCUUCACGCCUUCCUUCCGAGCAGACUUAGCGGACUGCUGGUGCAGAAGAAACCAGAACGCCUCACCCAAGUCUCUUGAACGCCUCUCGGUCCGGAGGGGCGGAGCAAGUCAAGAGGCGGAGUCAGACCUGGCAAGUGGAGACCAGCACAGUGGACAACAAGCCUAA